UCAAGUUUUUCCUGUUUUGAACAGGUUAUGAAGGAAGAAUGGAGUUUCCAGACCAUAGCCGCCAGUUGCUGCAGUGUCUGAGUCAGCAGCGUCACCAGGGCUUCCUGUGUGACUGUACUGUUUUAGUUGGAGAAGCUCAAUUCAGAGCUCACAGAGCCGUUCUUGCCUCUUGCAGUAUGUACUUCCAUCUUUUCUACAGGGACCAGUUAGACAAAAGGGAUAUUGUGCAUCUGAACAGUGACAUUGUCACAGCCCCUGCCUUCAGCCUGCUGCUCGAAUUCAUGUACGAGGGAAAGCUGGAAUUCAACAGCCUCCCGGUCGAAGAUGUGCUGGCUGCGGCGAGCUACCUUCACAUGUAUGACAUUGUGAAAGUCUGCAAGGGCAAGUUGAAAGAUAAAGAAUUGUGUCCGGAGGAGAAGAUGAGCGAUGAGGUGGCUACUUUGGAGAAAGCAGAGCAUUUCCUAGACGUGGGGGUGCCCCUGGUCCGCGAGUUCGACCCGGGAAACAAACAGAAAUUCGGCGUCGCAGAAUACGACAGAGCGGCAGGCAAAGAAAAGGUCAGCAGUCACCCCGCCUGGUCCUCCGAUCAUCUAAGUGUCAGCUCUGUGCCGACAGAGGCAGAAUCGUGCGCCGCAGCAGCUGGAAAAACAAAGGCUAAUGUCAAUAGUUCUGCAGGACCUUUGUCCCAAAGGUCUGUUAACCAUAGCCUGGCUCCGAGCGAUGUGGACUGUGCUCUGGAUUUGUCUUUCAAGCCUGUGCCUGGGAGAGAUUCCUUACACCCCUCCUAUGUCUUUGGACAGCUGGCUUCCGACAGCCAGCAGCAGGGUACCGAGCCACUUGUUAAAGAUGAACAAGACUUGCUGUCAGAUCAGGAGGACGGCGAAGCCAGGAGUCCGGAGAGUCAGCAUUUUGGGAAUUCAGCCAGAAGCUUAGUGACAGGGUUAGGACACAUGUUCGCGGGGAAUGGCAGUUCUCAUGCGCGGGAGGAGGAUCUAGAUCAAGAGCGAGACGAGAGCGAGGACGACAUGGAUUCGUCGGACAUCUCCUCCUCAGGUGUGCUCGUGCCGCCGGGGCAUAUCUGCAUUUGCCCCCUCUGUAGCAAAGUGUUUCCGAGCCCGCACAUCCUGCAGCUGCACCUGAGCUCCCACUUCCGAGAUAAGGACGGCUCACGGACCAGGCUGUCGCCGGACGGGUCGGUGCCCACUUGCACGCUCUGCGGAAAGACAUUUUCUUGCAUGUAUACCUUAAAGAGACACGAAAGGACCCACUCGGGCGAGAAGCCCUAUACGUGCGGCCAGUGCGGAAAGAGCUUCCAGUAUUCCCACAAUCUGAGCCGUCACGCGGUCGUGCACACCAGGGAGAAGCCCCAUGGGUGCAAGUGGUGUGAGAGACGGUUUACGCAGUCGGGGGAUUUGUACAGACAUAUCCGCAAAUUUCAUUGUGGCCUUGUAAAGUCCUUGGUUGUCUGAGACGCAUUCUUAUUACCUUGUCUCUUAUUCUUAAUUUUUUUUCCCCUCUCACCCCUUUUAAAACAAAACAGGAAAAAAAAAUGCAGCAUCUCUUUCCCCCCCCCCCCUUCUUUUUUCCUUCAUUUAUUUUGGUGAUAUUCACUUCAGGUAUAUGAUCUUUAAAAGAUGCAGAGGUAUACACUCCAGAGGCCUUUUAAUGCAAUCCGUCGACCUCUCCAUCUCCCCCACCUUUUCCCUGCCGCCUUCCCUUUCCCAGCCCUGUCCUUUAGGUCUUUUCAUGUGCACUCGUGUUACAUUAUUAAUGUGAAAUGAUCUAAGUAAUUCUGCAAUGAUUUAGCUUCUGUUUUCAUGCUGGAAGUACUUGCUUUGUGGUCAGGGUUUUUUUUUCCUGUUUGUUCUUUUUGUUUUGUUUUUGGUAGUUUGAAAAAAGAUUGAUUGCAAGUGAAUCCUGGAGAAAUACUUGGGUUCUGUUAAGCCCCCCUAGUGCCAUCUGCAUGUUGCAUACAAACAUUCAAAGAGAUGAACUAUGAUUUAAAUACAUUUCAGUGUAGAAAAACUUGUCUGUGUAUCCCAGAGUAACAGGCUGUACUCUUAUUUUACAGAACUAGAAGAGACCUUAAAUUGGCCCGAAUCACAAAGGCAGUUGAGAAUUCCUGGAUAUGUCUUGGGUACUGGUAUUUUAAAAAAAAAAAAAAUUAUUAUAUUGGAAUAGUUUACAGUCAGUCCUAAAAUCUGAAUGAAAGGUUUUUUGCCUAAAGACGAGUUUUCCGUCUGAGUGUACUUAAAUUUUUCCUCUCCCACCCAUCCUCCUCCUUGGACUAACCUACUGAAAAGCUCUGAACGGCUUUUGAGCUUCAAGCGCGGAUAGAAAAAAUAUUUCUGUCUGCAGCGUGUUCCCUCCUUAAAUGUUGAGGGACGUGUGCUAGUAUGUAGGACAAAAAUCAUAUGAUCUGUGAAUAUUUUCAUUCCCACGCCAACAUGCGAAGACUAAUCCCGUUUGCCUUGGAAAAAUUGCUUUAGUGAGUCAACGUAUGAUGGGGUGUGAGACGGGCUCCGGAGCGUGCGACGCUUGGAAAGGGGAUGUACCAAAAGUGCAGAUGCCGCUGAAGGAAGCGGAUGGGAUGCACAGCUGCGUAGGAACUGAUCCGGUUCCUUCCGAGGAAACGGGUCAGCAUUGUGAUAAGUGGUUAAUCGAUUUAUUUUCUUGAUAUCGGGCUACUGGGAUUUCCGAGUUCAAGGUAAUUGAUACCGAGUAGGUUGGGAGAUGCACUGCUGUCUCCUUGGAGAAGUUUGCUGCUUUUUCGAAAAUGAGCAGCCUGGAAUUCUCUCUCUCUCUCUCUCUCUGGUUUUGAAGUUGGUGAUCCCUCUGGGCCAAAUUCUGUGCCCUCCCCUUCAUUUCGAAGGGGUUGUGUGAGGAUAAACCGAUUGGGGAAAAUUUGGCCUGACUAACUUUCUCCUGCCAAGUUACUUACCAACCAUUUUCAGACCUCUUUUUUUUUCCUUUCUCUCUCUCUCUCUCUCUCUCUCUCUCUUUUCCUUCUUCUUUUUUUUUUUUAACUGAGGCUGCCUGCAGUUAUAGCUAGUUUCAUCCCAAAUGCAGUAACUCAGUUACCUGCCUAGUAGAGCAUCUUUUGGUUUGCGCAUGGCAGUGAAUAUCAGACUCUUCCUUUCCAGUUGGAUUAUCUAUUUAAGGUACAUGUACACAAGGCUGAAUUACAAUAAUAAUAGCUGAGGGUUUUAGAUGAUGUUGUGCUGCGCUAGCACUAGCGUUACUUCACUAGCUUUCCUGACACUCCUGGAAUUGUUUCUCAAAACAUAUGCCUUUAUUUUAUUUUUCUUUAAAUGAAUGUAAAACACUAAGUUAAAUUCUUUUUCAGUUGUGCUUAAAAUACUGCAUUUCAUCUUAAGAAAGAGUUGUCCAAUGCCUUCCCCCUCUGGUCCAAAAACUGAGCACUACCUACAUAGAUAAUAUAGACUUUUUUUUUUUAAGUACUACUACUUCUUAAAAAAAAAAAAAA